AUGGCAAACCCUCGCCCUCUACCUUCUCCUCGCGCCGACGAGCCCGACUCCCGCAACAGCCUGCGACACAUUCUGGCUGCUGAGCCGCCGCACACCAUGGACGACGCGAAGCCCGACCCCUCGCACGCCAACACGCCUGUGCCCGACGAGAGUGAAGCUGGCCUGGAUGCGCCCGACACGCAGCGCCCGGCCAACGACAGCGACGCUGCAAGGCCCUACUAUACUGCCACGACGACGACGACGCGCCGCAACGCAAAUGGUAGCGUCUCAUCCGUCUACAGCGGCAAUAAGAUUAAGCACCUCAAAAAGGACGACGGUAUCCCGCUGUGGCGCAAGGAUAUUCAGUUCGACUUCCUCAAGCUUGUCUUUGAGGAUGACCGCCGCGUCUUCACCAAGCAGUCGGACAGCACAGGGGGCCAUACGUUUGCCGACAUCUACCUCGAUGCCAUGGCCAAGAGCAGCAAGUGCAGCAAGAUCCUCAAGGACAAGCUGCUCACCGAGCGCCCGGCCGCCAUCAACAUGGCCAUGGUGUGUCUGCUGGUCAACGUCGGCCGUAUGAACACGACGCUCAACUUCUUCCCCGAGAUGCGCGCUCAGCUACGGACCUAUCACUCGAUCCCCUCGCUCCAAGCCCACCAAGACCCCAAUGCCUAUAAGCAGCUGCAGGAUGCGCCGCGCCUCAAGUCUAUCCUCAAAGGUGCCACCGAGGAUUCGGAGCAGCCCAGCACCAUUGAGGAGAUCCAGGCCGCUGCCAUCCCGCGCACAAACCCCGUAAACCUCAUCUUCGUCCUCUCCCAGUACGCGCCCAAGAUCUCCGAGCUGCACUUCUUCCCGCCCCGCGACUUCUUCGACCUCGUCAUGCGCUCCAACCUGAGCAGUAAGAGCAGGGCUACAGCCUUCCUCUGGCUCAUGUGGUGGUACCUCGAAAGCGAUUUCUCCAAGGAGGCCGCUGAGAAGAACCCAUUUGGACCAGGCCAGUUUGGGCCGUCAGACGACCCGACAACCUCAGAGUUUCCGAUGAAGUGCCCGCCCUUUGAGAUCUUGACUCCAGAGCAGGAGGCGCUGGAAAACGUCGACUCAGUUGACGAGAAGGCAUUUGGCGAGAUCAAGCGCAAGGAGAGGACGGCCAUAUUGGCAAGUGAUAUGGCGCCUGUCGUGACAGGUCCUAAGCGGACCAACAAGAAGGGCUUCAACCAGAACCCAGUUUUCUCUAUAGCCGCCGACGACGGUGCUUCAACGCCGGGGCGAGACAGGCAGUCGCCAUCGCAUGGCUCUGCACGAGGGCGUGGAAAGCUUGCCAAAUCCAUCAUCGAACGAGAUUACCCUUCAGAUACCGAUCGCACUCGAUCGGCGUCUCCUCCGAACAGCGUAUACAAUACAGCUAAAAAGGUCGCGACACCCAAUAUGCGUAUCAAUACCCUACUUAACGAGGACGGUCCCGCAUCGUCCCCUGCACCCAAGGGCCCUGGCCGUGGAAACUGGUCACGCAAUCGUGCGUCAGGCAUAGGUGCUAGUGGUGGCCCAGCAGCCCGCAGCUUCAAGACCAAACUCGACGCCCCGACCUCCCAAGACGGCCAAUCCCCCUCGACGUCAGCACCCACCUUCAACGGCCCGCACGGCUUCUACCUCCCCCUAAACGGCUCCGACCCCUCGCACAAGCGCACCCGCCCACUUACACAACACCAACUAGCCGUCGAGCAAUACCGCCGCCGCCGCGUUGACGUAAUCCUCGACCGAGGCAUCCGCCUCGAAUAUGCCUCAGCCGCCAAGCGGCGCCGAAAAAACAACAACUUCAUGCGCUCCUGGAUCCGCUGCAAAGGCAUGGGCGACGGCUACGACACUGACGAAGAAUCCUACGCCCAAUUCGCACAACUCCCCGACAUGGAGAUCGGAACUAGAACUCCCCCUCCCAUGCCCUCGGGUCUCGUUCCCCUAGACUUUGGCGGCGAAACAAACGACCACGGCGAGGAAUCUUACUACCGCGCUAAGAUGCUGGCGAGAGCCCUACGUCGUCUGGAUCGCUGGGAGGGUGGCAAGUCGGCGCCGAGGGGUAGGCCAAAGGGCGAGAGAAGUAGUAACCCUGCGGGCGCCGCGGAUGUCAGACCGGUCAUGGAUAGCGGUGAUGAGGAUGAAGAUGAGGAUCUCAUGGAUGUAGAUGAGCUUGAACGGAGGGAGGCAGAGGAUGCAAGCGAAGACGAGAGUGAUGAUGAGGGUGGCGCGAAUGGCGAUUGGGAUCCGCAUACGCUUCCUCCUUUGCCGAGGAUGGCGUAG